AUGGGUGAACCGUCAUCCAAGACAGGCUGGUGGGCUUGGUCGACCAAGAAGAAGAUUCUCAUCUUUGGAACCGUCGCUCUUGUCAUCAUUGCUCUGGGUGUCGGCCUAGGUGCUGGACUGGGAAUUGGCCUCAAAAAUGGCGGAGACGAUGAUAAUGAUAACGGCAACGAGGGCAACGAGGGCACCAGCUCCAAUACGACAACACCAACAAACACAACCGUGAAAUGGCAGCCAGCUGUUGGCGCCAAGUGGCAGAUCAUACUGAAGUCCGAGAACGAACCGAUCUCCACCUCAGUGGACGCCCCAAUCUACGACAUUGAUCUUUUCGACAACAACAAAACCUUCAUUUCAGAUCUCCAGAAAAUGGGCCGCAAAGUGAUAUGCUACUUCUCUGCCGGCUCGUUCGAGGACUGGCGCGAUGACGCCGACGACUUCAACGACGCAGAUAAGGGCGAGGAUCUCGAGGGAUGGCCCGGCGAGAGAUGGCUGAACGUCAAGUCCGCAAACGUGCGCAAAAUCAUGCAGACGCGUCUCGACAUCGCCGUCGAUAAGGGCUGCGACGGUGUCGACCCUGACAACAUCGACGGGUACGAUAACCCGAACGGAUUUGAUCUCACCAAGGCUGAAGCUAUUGACUAUGUGAACUGGCUUGCUUCUCAGUCGCACAGCCGUGGUCUCUCAAUUGGAUUGAAGAAUGGCGGAGAUAUCAUUGACUCAGUCAUUGAUAAAAUGCAGUGGUGUGUCAAUGAGCAGUGUGCUGAGUUCCAUGAGUGUGAUACCUAUGCAUCCUUCAUUGAGGCGGACAAGCCUGUCUUCCACAUCGAGUACCCCAAGGGUGGUAGUACCAACAACGCCAAGUCUGUGUCGGCCAGCCAGGCGAAAUCCGCUUGUGCGGCUAACAGCUCUGGCAACUUUUCGACUGUUAUCAAAAACAUGGACUUGGAUAAUUGGGUUGAAUACUGCCCGUGA